AUGACCUCCAUACUCAUCACAGGCGGCGCAGGCUUCAUCGGCCAGGAGCUCGCCGCCGUCCUGGCACAGCAGUCUGACAUCUCCAUAACCCUGACCGAUCUCACCCAGCCGCCCAUUCCGCCCACCCCGGCCGGCCAGGGCACCAACGUAACCUUCAACUGCGUCGCCUCUGACCUUACAGACCCGGCAUCCAUCGCCACCAUAUUUGCUCAGAGGUAUUCUGCAGUCUACACACUGCACGGCCUCAUGUCGGGCGGCUCCGAGGCCAACCUGGAGCUGGGUCUGCGCGUCAACCUCGACAGCCACAGGCAGAUCCUCGACUUCUUACGAAAGAACCACCCUGGCACAAAAGUCAUCUUCCCCUCCAGUCUUGCCGUCUAUGGUCCCACCGGUCCGGGCGAGAUCGUGUCCGAGUUGACCUGCCCGAUCCCGCAGAGCAGCUACGGUGCCGAGAAGCUCAUCGUCGAGACGCUGCUCAACGACUAUUCUCGCCGGGGCCUGCUGGACGGCCGCGUCGUGCGCCUGCCGACCGUCGUGGUCCGACCGGGCGCUCCUUCGGCCGCCGCCUCGUCCUUCGCCUCGGGUAUCAUCCGCGAGCCGCUCCGCAACCAGCCCAGCACUCUGCCCGUACCGCUGAACCUUGAGAUGUGGGUCGCGUCCCCGGCCACCGUGGUCAAGAACUUGAUCGCUAUUAAGGACGUGCCGGCCGAACAGUUUGGCUUAUGGCGCACCAUAAACCUGCCCGGCAUAACCGUCACGGUGCAGGAGAUGCUGGAUGCGCUCGAGGCGGUCGGCGGAAAGGAGAAGAGGGCGCUCGUCAGAGAGGAGAGGGACGAGAAGAUCGAGAUGAUUGUUUGCAGCUGGCCGUCAAGUAUGGAUACAUCCAGGGCGCAGAGUCUGGGGCUUGUGGCUGAUGUGCCCAUCUUGGAGACCGUCAAAUCUUUUGCCAAGAGCGAGGGGCUGUUAUAA